CCGUCAAACAGUCGCAGAAUCCUGCCCCGAAGAAAAUUAGCCAACCCUUUACACACGCCGGCAAACGUGGCAGUAUUGGCCAAUGUGAGAAAUCAUUUUGUGGAAACUUUAUUCAAGACGAAUGACCAUAAUAUGGAAAUCCAAAAAAGGAUAACACUAGCCUACUUAAAAGCUAUUGAUUUCUUACCGAAAGGAUAGUGCUGGAUGCACACGUUGAAUUGGCGCUGACCAAGGGGGAAUGCAGUCGUGACGGUGCAGCCCAUGGUAUCUCACAAGACAUUUUGGCUGUCGCCACAGUAUGGAGAAGAGUUAGCUGGAUCCGCCGUUCCACGGCGUGCUGAUGUGUUUUGGCACUAAUAUACAAGCAAUGGAAGUGUCCGCCUAUCGGCACAACCGCUCGCUUCGAAGACGGAAAUGCCCCGCAUGGGCAAGUGGUAAACGGUCCAGAAGGCAGCCAAUUCCAACUUUAUCUGGUGCAGCGGCACGGGAUGCGGGAACGCUGAUGAUCGUGAGCGCCAUGAGCACCACGUCGUUGGAAGACAUCAGAGCCAACGCGCCUGAUUGCCUGCUAUGGCAGCAGACUUACAUCUUCGCCAACCGCUCCCUGACCGAGUCCCUUGUCAGGAGGGCUGAACGCCAGGGCUUUGCUGCCGUUGUUGUCACUGCGGACUCGCCUGUCGCUGGACAGGCCGUAAGCCUCGGCAUGAAUAAGUUUGUCCUUCCGGAAGGCCUAAGUUUCGCCAAUCUGGAAGCCUCAUGGCCAGGAAAAUCAUUCACGUUCGACCCUUCAAGCGAGGAUUUCGUUGGUAACCUACUAUCACCUUCUGCGACGUGGGACGACUUGCGGUGGUUGCGCAGCAUCUCGACUCUACCCAUUGUUGUCAAGGGUGUCUUGACGGCUGGAGAGGCGUUGACGGCUUACCAAAACGGUGCGUCGGCAAUUCUGGUCUCAAACCACGGAGCGCGACAGCUGGACGGGGACCCUGCGACGAUUGAGGCGUUGCCGGAGGUGGUUGCAGCUGUGGGUGACCGAAUGGAGGUUUACUUAGACGGUGGUGUGCGCUCGGGGGCCGACGCUGUGAAGGCACUGAGCAUCGGUGCCCGUGCGGUCUUCGUUGGAAGGCCGGUACUUUGGGGACUCGCUUACAAGGGCAAAGAAGGUGUCGACAAGGUUCUGGAUAUUCUUAGAAGUGAAUUCAAUCGCACUAUUCAACUGCUAGGUGUUCCUGAUGCCAAGAACUUAUGCACUGACUUCGUCGUUCGCGAGCAGUACUACGCCCAGGCACUCCCCAGAAACUGUGCACCGAAACAUCCAUGGGGCGACUGGGUUGAGUACAAGGUUGCCGUGUAGCGUUUGGUCUGAAUCAUAGAGCGUGCCAUAAUGCAUACAUACAACUUCUCUUCAAACAUUUUCAACAGUUUUCACUACCUGCGAAACAAUAAAAGUCAUUUACGUUGGUA